AUGGAGGCUUUCGGAAACCUAGCGUGCGCCCUGCAGACCUGGUGCCCACUGGACCUCAGCAAAGAAUGGGUGGAUGGAGUAUGGGAACUGGAAUUCACAGAGACCGAGCCUCUGGAUGCCAGCAUAGAAGCGGAGAUCGUGCAGACUGGACUGAGCGCAUUCACAGAGCUUUACAGCGCAAUGUUACCUUUUGCUACUGAAAAACGUGAAGCUGCUGAGAGCAUUUGGACCUUCUUCAUGGAGAACAGGAUUUCCCACAACGCGCUGAUGGCCUUGUUUCACCACUUCGUUUAUAAGGUCCUUAAGAAAAACGUCAGUGCUCAGCAGCAGGAAUUCGGCCUUCACGCCGCCGGUCUGUAUUUCCUGCUGUUGGAAGUACCAGGCAGCGUAGUCAAUCAAGUUUUCCAUCCAGUGAUAUUUGACAAAUGCAUUCAGAUUCUGAAGAAGUGCUGGCCUCAGGAAUCCAGCUUGAAUCAGAAAAGAAAGAAAGAGCAACCAAAGAACCCUCAGGGCAACUCACAGGAGAGCAGUAAGAGAGCAAGACCCCACAGGAGAGAGGAGGUGGAGAUGGAUGAAAUUACUCCAGAAGAGGAGGAUGAAGAGAAUAUUUUUUAUUCUUCUGAAGAUCGUCGUCAAAUUCGAAAUGUCAUCUUUGACGUUUUGAAGAACUUUAUAAGGCUUCUUUCUAAAUUCUCCUUAAAAGAAAAGCCAGAGUGUAUACAGAAUUGUGUAGAGGUCUUUGUUGCAUUAACUAGCUUUGAACCAGUUCGUUACGAAUUCCAGGUUACACAAGCCAGAAUUCUCAGAGAAAUGAAAUACAUACCAGAACUGGCCUAUCAUGGAUUGUAUUUGCUUUGUUCCCCUCUUCACAGAGAAGGAGACAAGGUUCUCAGAUACGUUUUGCAUCAGAUGCUCUACAUAAUACUGAUGGUAGAAGUGGGUAAAGGCUCCCAUCAUGCCCCGCUUGCCAUCACGCCUCCAGUUGUCAGCAGUAGGAAGCUGGCCAUCCAGUUUGUAAGUUUGCUGGUGGAUGAACUUAAAGAAAGCAUGUAUCCAGUCCUUCGUACUCUACUGCAGCACAUCUGUGUCAAGGUGGUCGAUAAAUCUGAGUACCGGACUUAUGCAGCUCAGUCCCUGGUCCAGCUGCUCAACAAGCUUCCCUGUGCAGAGUAUGCUUCUUUCAUGGCCUGGCUUUAUGGAUUAACACGAAAUGCCAAGGUCUCCUACCGGGUGUUCACUCUUGAUGUGGCCUUGGCCCUCCUGGAGCUGCCUGAACGAGAGGUGGAUGGCCUGCUGACCCCGGAGCAUGAGAAGUUCCUGAAGCAUAAGUUCUUGGUUCAGGAAAUCCUGGUCGCCCGCUGUAAAGACAAGGCCCCCACGGUGCGCAGCAAGGCGCUGUCCAGUUUUGCACACUGCCUGGAGUCCUCUGCCACAGCCCCGUCAGACAGCAUCCAGGAGCUUCUGCAGAACACUCCUGCAGUUCCAGGAGUACAGAGCCACCAACAGAGUCCAUCGACAAAUUCAUCAGCUUUUUCCUAUCAGAGGCAGAUACUUAACCCUUCUGCAGGUUCAGAGGUGAUCCACACAGAAAGCAGUGGUGAAGCAGCUGGAUCUAUGGAAAUGGGUUUCCUGGUGUCACUGAGGAAUAGGGUCGGUGACGAGAAGACCAGCGUCAGGAAGUCUGCGGUCCAGGUCCUGGUGAACCUCCUGAAACACUGCAACAUUGCGGGUCUGCAGGAGGAGCUGAGCAUCCUGCAGGACCGCUGCCGGGACGUCGCGGUAUCCGUCCGCAAGCAGGCCCUGCAGUCUCUCACCGAACUGCUCCUGGCCCAGCCGCAGUGUGUGCAGGUACAGAAGGCCUGGCUGGGGGGCGUGGUCCCAGCCGUGACGGACGACGAGAGCAGCGUGCAGGACAAGGCCCUGGAGUGCCUGGAUCGGCUCCUGCUGCAGAGCAUCCAGCACCACAGCGAGGGUCGCGAUGCGGACGACGGCCAGGCACUCACCUGGGCGCUGCUGGCACUGCUGGACACGGACAGCCGGAAGCUGGGCUGCUAUUUAAACAAGGCUUUUCACAUCUGGUCCCGGAAAGAUAGAUUCUCCCCGACUUUUGUAAACAACGUGCUCUCCCACACGGAAAAGGAGCACUCUGCGCCUGCCUGGAUGCUGCUUGCCAAGGUGGCUGGUGCGUCGCCCGCCCUGGACUACUCCAGUGUCAUCGAGGCCUGGGAGAGGAUGAGCAGCCAGCAGAACCCCAGUGAGGGCACCUUGGGGCACAUCCUCUGUGUCAUUCGGCAGGUCGCCAAGCAUCUUCCUCAGAGCACCCGGGACAGGGUGGCAGGUGUUCUCAAGAAAAAGCUGAAUGGAUUCUGCUGGUCGACAAUGUUGAUCACUCCAGCUGUUGACACUUUACAAAGCCUGUGCCGGGUAACUGCAGAGACACCAGCGGAGGAGCAGGAGUUACUGGCACAGGCAUCUGGGGAUGUGCUUGCCACCUGCGUGCACCACCUUUCCAACAUCAUCCUGAAGGAGGACGGGCCAGGCCGGAUGAGAGAAGACCUGAUGGUGAAGUAUGUUUUCACCUUAGGAGAUGUUGCCCAGCUCUGUCCAGCCCGAGUGGACCAGAGGACCACCCUCCUGAUCCUGUCUAUCCUGGCCGCAUCUCCCAGCAGAGAGCCUCGGCCCCAGGCACCCCCAGGCAGCAGUGCAGCCCUGGCCCCCCAGCCGCUCUCCCAGGUCCAAGGCGUGGUCAUGCCCUCGGUGAUCAGAGCGCACGCCGUCAUCACCCUGGGGAAGCUGUGCUUACAACACGAGGAUCUUGCAAAGCAGAGCGUCCCCGUCCUGGUGCGGGAGCUGGAGGUGGGCAUAGACGGGAACGUCCUCAACAACGUCGUCAUCGUCCUGUGUGACCUCUGCGUCCGCUACACGGCCCUGGUGGACAAGUACGUCCCCACCAUCUGCACGUGUCUGAAGGACCCUAACCCAUUCGUCCGGAAGCAGGCACUGCUCCUGCUCACGGGCCUCCUGCAGGAGGACUUUGUGAGAUGGAAGGGCUGCCUGUUCUUCCGUUUCGUCAUCACAGUCGUGGACCUGAACCCAGAGGUCGCUAGCACCGGGGAGGUCUGCCUGGUGCAUCUGCUUCUGAAGAGGAACCCGACCAUAUUCUACCAGCACUUCAUCGAGUGCAUCUUCCAUUUCACCAGCUAUGAGAAGCACGAAAGUUUCAAUAGGUUCCCCCAGUCGGAAAGAGAGAAGCGGCUCUUCUCCCUGAAGGGGGGUAAGAACAGGGAGAGAAGGAUGAGGAUAUACAAGUUUCUCCUAGAACACUUCACAGACGAGCAGCGGUUCAACAUCACUUCCAGAAUCUUCGAAAACGUCCUGGCCUGCUUCGCUGAUGGCGACCUGCCCCUAGACAUGGAAGCCAGCGAGCUGCUCUCGGACACGUUUGAAGUGCUCAGCUCGAAGGAGAUCAGGCUGCAGGCGCUCAGAGCCAGAGCAGACAAGGAGCAGCUGGGGGAGGAGGAGGAGCUGGCCCAGGCCAGAGCAGCCCUGCAGGAGUCGCAGAAGAAGCUCCUCUCGCAGGUUCAAAAGAGGAAUUUAAUAGAAAUGAUUAUUCCAAUUAUCACCUCCCUGAAGUCUGCCCUAGAAAAGAACAAGAUCCCAGCUCUGCGAGAACUCAUGCUGUACCUCAGGGAGGUGAUGCAGGAUUACGGAGAUGAAGUCAAGGACUUCUUCACAGCUGACAAGCAGCUGGCCGCAGAACUCGAGUACGACAUGAGGCGCUACCAGGAGCAGCUGGCUGAGCAGCAGGAGCCGGUGAGGCAGGCGGCCCGGGGGCCCAGAGCAGGCCGGCGGGAAGGCAGCCCUGCCCCCGUCUGCCCAGUUCUGAGCUUGGAAACAAUUCCUGCUCCUGCUGGCCGAGAAAAAGAUACCGCGGCCGCUGCUGCAGACCAGCCAUCCACACCCCACGCUGCCCACACAGCUGCACCCCUGUCUCUGGUGCCCAAGGACAGGCCCAUGUCGGCGAGCACCAUGGACAUCCUGAGUUCGGUCAAGAAGGUCGUCGAGUCGCGCCGCUGGCACAGUAGCCGAACAGCGGGGCUGCCGCCCUCGGACAGUCGUCCUGAGAGCCCAGGUGAGCCCGGCGUUGGAGCUGACCUGGAGUCCAGUGGAGCUGUUGACCUCGAAACAAAGCGAGGGAUCAGCACCCCUGAGCAGACCAUUCCAAAUGUCACUUUUGGCUCGGAAAUCAGCUACAUCGUGUCACCGGGCCAGUCGCUUCCCCUCCAGAGCAGGAACAGGAGGCGCACCCCAGGAAGCCGGCGGGGCUCGAGAGCCGCCGGCCAGGGGGACAACGUUCUGUGUCUGUCACUGCCCGACAUGCCGCCCCCGCAAACUUCCCAGUGGAACGUGACGUCUCCCUCCAGAAGCGAGGACUGCACCGCCGCCAGGAGGCCACGCCGCCAGGCCUCCAAGAAGAGGGCCAAGUGA